AUGGAUAGUGACAUUACUUUAAUUAUUAGAUUAGCGAAAAUCCAGUGCAAGACAAUUUAUAUUCAUUCUGAUAUGAUUCUUGUUAUAAUGAUAUCCCAUUUUGAUAUACAAUUUAUCUUCGAGAACUUAUCUUCGAGAACUUUGCAUACAACUUCUAAUUUCGACGUACAUUUUCUUCAUUGUUGCAUGAGCAUCGCCUUUCAAAAAAGUGGCAUAAUGUGCGAUCAGUGGUCUCAAAAGAAAAAGAAACCAAUAAAAGAUAAAUAUAUAUUUGUGUGCAUGAGCAUCACGAGACCGAUGAAGGACCGAUCGGAGAUGAUCGGGGAUCAAAGGACUCUGAGCAAAAAUGAUUCAGAAAAGACGAGAGAUUUUGACGACGGGAAGAUUUCUUUAUCUGCUCUUGCGAUCGCGAUCGAGAUGGGAGAGGAAAGAAAAACAAAUUUGAUGGCUGCGGAUUGGCAUGAGUCGAGUAAUAGUUCUAGAUUGCCGAUCAUAGUAAUACCUGGUGACGUAUUGCCGCAACACACAGCAUUCCUUUCCCUCUGUUUGCGUCCAAACUCCUCUCCUUCGAUCCCUUAUUUUUUUUCUCGCAAAAUUCACCUCAUCGCCAGCCUUAAUCGCCGCCGUCCUACAGUGUUCAGUCACCAGCGACGAACCCUUCACGCAGCAAACCGCUCGUCGCGAACCCCUCUUCUCGUCUGCGUAUCGGGUGCGAUCAUACCAGCCAUCGUCUUCUCCGACCAUCGUUCGGUCGCCUUGAAGACAAUGUCGCCGAGAGCUGCGUUUUCCGACGAUGAGAGCAUUGAGAUGGAGCCCUGUCUUCCGGCUACCUCCAGGCGAGUAGGCGCGACUGACGAGGAUCGAUAA